CAACACGCCAAAACUGAAAUCUCGAGGAAACAAAUCAACAUUUAAUAAUGUUUUUUUUUCUCCUUCAUGGCUAAAGAUAAAAUAAUUUCCAUACAUAAACGAAUAAUAUCUCGCCGACAAAUUUCAUUCAAUAACAUUGACUUUCUCGUUACCUCCUUUCUUUUCAAACUCACUCAAAUUUUUUUCCUAAAGAGUAAAGAAACUUCUCUCCUGUCUUGUCUCCUUCUCUAUCUCUCUCUCUCAAAGCUAAUAAAUACAACAUUUGCAUCUAACGUUUCUCUAGCAUAAAAAUAUGCACUCGACCUAUUUAUUAUCUCUCACCAUCCUCGCCGUCUUCACCGUCUCUUUCGCCGGCGGCGAGAGAUUUAAAGAAGCUCCAAAGUUCUUCAACUCCCCGGAGUGUCUAACCAUCGAAAACGACGACGAUUUCGUUUGUUCAGACAAAGCCAUCCACGUGGCAAUGACCUUAGACACAGCUUACCUCCGUGGCUCAAUGGCCGUGAUUCUCUCCGUCCUCCAACACUCUUCUUGUCCUCAAAACAUUGUUUUCCACUUCGUCACUUCAAAACAAACCCACCGACUACAAAACUACGUCGUUUCUUCUUUCCCCUACUUGAAAUUCCGGAUUUACCCUUACGACGUAGCUGCCAUCUCCGGCCUCAUCUCAACCUCCAUCCGCUCAGCCCUCGACUCUCCGCUAAACUACGCAAGAAACUACCUCGCCGACAUCCUCCCCACGUGCCUCUCACGUGUCGUAUACCUAGACUCAGAUCUCAUACUCGUCGACGACAUCUCCAAGCUCUUCUCCACUCACAUCCCUAGCGACGUUGUUUUAGCCGCGCCUGAGUACUGCAACGCAAACUUCACCACUUACUUUACUCCGACGUUUUGGUCAAACCCUUCUCUCUCCAUCACACUAUCCAUCAACCGCCGUCGUCCACCGUGUUACUUCAACACCGGAGUGAUGGUUAUCGAGUUAAAGAAAUGGCGCGAAGGAGAUUUCACGAGGAAGAUCAUAGAGUGGAUGGAGUUACAAAAACGGAUAAGAAUCUACGAGUUAGGCUCUUUACCACCGUUUUUACUUGUCUUCGCCGGAAACAUAGCUCCGGUAGAUCACCGGUGGAACCAACAUGGUUUAGGAGGAGACAAUUUCAGAGGACUGUGUCGAGAUUUGCAUCCAGGUCCAGUGAGUUUGUUGCAUUGGAGUGGGAAAGGGAAGCCAUGGGUAAGGUUAGACGAUGGUCGACCUUGCCCGCUCGAUGCACUUUGGGUUCCAUAUGAUUUGUUAGAGUCACGGUUCGACCUUAUCGAGAGUUAAAUUUAGAUGUUAGUUUUUUUUUUUUUUUUUUUUUUGAAGGAAGAAGUAUAUUUUUGACUGGAUGUGUAAUAUAGGAAGAUGAAUAAUACUUGAAUAAAAUGAUAGGAGGGUAGGAUAGUCGAAUAUGUAAUUAGUUUGGUGAUGGUAGUUACUUACUCUCGUAACGCAUUGCCUACUUCUAGCAUAAUAAAUUCGAUACCUAUAA